AUGAAGCCUCCACCUGGUCUCAUUUUGUCUACUCCAAAUCUUGUUUGCAAAUUACAAAGAUCUCUUUAUGGUCUGAUGCAGGCUAGCAGACAAUGGAAUACAAAAAUCACUGACACCCUUAUUGCAUCAGGUUAUAUCCAAUCCAAAGCAGAUUAUUCCCUUUUCACUAAGACUUCCUCUCAAGGUUUCACUAUGAUUCUGGUUUAUGUUGAUGAUUUAGUAGUUGGAGGCACUGAUUCUCAUGAAAUUUUACAAAUCAAAACUUGUUUGGAUGCUAAAUUCAGUAUCAAAGACUUGGGAGUUCUCAAAUACUUCCUAGGCUUUGAAGUGGCUCGCAACACUCAUGGUAUUUCUUUAUGUCAAAGAAAAUACACUCUUGAUUUGAUUUAUGAUGCUGGUCUUCUUGGUGCCAAACCUUGUUCCACCCCUAUGCAACCUCAUCUUCAACUCCACAAAACAUAUGGCACACCUCUCUCUGAUCCUACUCCCUACAGAAGGCUUAUCGGUCGUUUAUUGUAUCUCACACAUACCAGACCUAAAAUUUCCUAUGCUGUCAGCAAACUAAGCCAAUUUCUUGCUGCUCCAACAGAUAAACAUAUGUUAGCUGGUCUACAUGUUUUGAAGUACCUCAAAAACAGUCCAGGCCAAGGACUCAUUUUUCAAUCUAAUACCUCUUUAUGUCUCAAAGGUUUUUCAGAUUCAGAUUGGGGGGCUUGCCCUGAUACACGAAGAUCCAUUUCUGGUUUUUGUUAUUUUCUUGGCACUUCACUCAUUAGCUGGAAGAGCAAGAAGCAGCCUGUCAUUUCCAGAUCUUCAUCUGAAGCCGAGUAUCGUGCUCUUGCUCAAGCUACUUGUGAAGGGGUUUUGCUUCUCAAUAUUCUUCAUGAUUUUCACAUCAAUCAUUCAGUACCUAUUAAGGGUGUUACACCUAUCAUCCUUUACUGUGAUAACAAAUCUGCCAUGCAUAUAGCUGCAAAUCCUGUGUUUCAUGAGCGCACAAAACACAUAGAGAUCGACUAUCAUGUUGUACGUGAGAAAGUACUAGUUGGAGUUGUUCAUCUCAUGCCUGUCACUUCUAAGGAGCAGGUUGCGGAUAUUUUUACCAAGUCUCUUCAACCUGGUCCUUUCAAUACUUUGCAAUCCAAGCUUGGAAUGAUUGACAUUCAUUCCAGCUUGAGGGGGGCUGUAAAUGAUAAUGAAAAUAAUAAACAGUAA